AUGAAGGCUGUAGCUCUCUUCAUUUGUCUUGCAGGAUCAGCUUUUGCUAUUCCAACCCAUCCCUUAAACAACAAACUCGGAACCCGUGGACAGAAAACUCCAGAAAAGGCUGAACAUACUCAUCCUGAAGCCCCAAAGGAAGAGAACACAGGGUAUGUAAACGAGGGUGAUUUGCUGCACAGUCACAAAAACCUAAAACCAGAGUUAUCAGCACCAGACGCCGAGCACAGGGAUGAGCCCCAGAAGACUAGAAAACAAGGAAGAACUGGUAGCGAGCAUCAAGUGAAAAACAGCUUAAGAAGCAUCAAUUUCCUCUCGCUGCACAAUAAACCAGGUUCAGCUUCUGAUAACCAGGCCAGUGAUUCUGGAAGCAGCAGCAGAGAACAGUCCAGCUCUGAGCAUUACCAGUUCGGGAGGCACGAGAAACACAGCGAUACGGCCAACCGACAUGUUCUGGGCAACGUAGAAAAUCCAGCGGAUGCUCUCGGUCUCGAUCAUGAGCAUAACACGUGGAAAUAUAAUAAAAAUACAGUUGGCCUAUCUGAAAAAAACAGUGAAAGCGAUGAAGAAGGAGGUCUGGAAGAGGAGGAUGAGGAAUGGGGUGAAGAAACUGAUUACAGAGAUAUGAAGCACAACGGCCACCAGACAAAUCAAGGUAACCAAUAUGAAAGACAGCACAAUGAAAACAGAAUGCAAUCUGAUGAAAUCCCGAGAGAUUCCAGUCAACCAAUCCGGAUAACCAAGAGACAUGGCGAGAAGUUUGACCUAGAGGAAGAGGAGCGGGAGAACAGCCAGAAGAAGCCCCAUAAAGGAGAAAUCCCACUCUCUCAAAAAACCCAUAAGGAAGAUCAGGAUGACAAACAGGAAAGCCAAGAGAGGAAAGACAAUAUUCAAGUAAACUAUCAGAGUGAUCACAACACAGGGGAGAAAAUACAAGCUACGGAGGACAGUAACGUUGAUGAUGAUGGUCACGACAGCGGUGAUGAUAACUGUGAGGAAGAUGCCAGCAAUACCUGGGAAGAAGCAGCCUAUGAGGAAGAGGAGAGAAUCCAGCGUAAUGACCAGGAGAGCACUAGUACUGAGCACAAAGGGGAAGGAACCGCCGAAGGUGACACUGCAGUUUGUAGAGAGAGCGAGGAUUACCAAGAUGUCAAGAUUAAAGACCUUAUUCACACUGAACAAGAUGAUUACGAUCGAGAGCCACCUAAUUCUGACAGCGAGCAACAACUGGAAACGAGUAGCUCUGUUCAGAGCAUGAAUUCAAUGGAAAGUGAAGAUAAGGUCAAGACUACAGGCGGUUCCUACGGUGAGAUGGAAAGUGCAAGCAACAGGAGCGAGAAGGCUCUCCCGGACCCAUGUAGGAACUUCCACUGCAAAAGAGGUAAAGUGUGUCAUGCGGACGAAGAAGGGAAACCCAGCUGUAUUUGCCAAGAUCCUGCUGCCUGCCCUUCCACCAAAGGCUAUGAGCAUGUUUGUGGUACGGAUAAUAAGACUUACGAUGGCACAUGUCAACUCUUUGGCACCAAAUGUCAACUUGAAGGGACAAAAAGGGGACGCCAGCUGCACCUAGACUAUAUGGGCUCCUGCAAACACAUCCCCCAUUGCACUGAUUAUGAAGUGGAUCAGUUCCCCCUCCGGAUGCGAGACUGGCUCAAAAACAUCCUUAUGCAAUAUUAUGAACGUGAUCUGGAUACUUCUGGAUUUCUAACCAAAAGGCAAAGGAUUAAGGUCAAAAAAAUCUACCAGAAUGACAAGCGCCUCGUGGCUGGCGACCACGCAGUUGAGCUGCUCCUGCACGACUUUGAGAAAAAUUAUCACAUGUAUGUGUAUCCCGUGCACUGGCAGUUUCAUCAGCUUGAUCAGCACCCUGUUGACAGAUUAUUAACGCACUCGGAGCUCGCGCCUUUGAGAGCCUCCCUUGUUCCCAUGGAACACUGCAUAACUCGUUUCUUCCAAGAGUGCGAUGGAGACGAAGACAAACUCAUUGCUUUGAAGGAAUGGUGCCACUGCUUUGGGAUUAAGGAAGAAGACAUAAGUGAAAAUCUCCUGUUCUGA